AUGACAGAUAAUAGUAAUGACAGUGAAUCUCAAGUUGAUAUUAAAAGAGUUAUUGAAAUGACAUUAGAUCUUAAUGAUACCAAUUCCUCAUACCAACCAGGUGACUAUGUUGCUGUUUAUGCUCCAAACCCAGACUAUCAAAUUAAAACCUUAAUUAGUAGAUUACAAUUAAAUGAAAACAAAGUUAUUAAAAUAGAAUCAUUAGAUUCAAAAUAUGGUAAAUAUUAUAUAUACAUAUCAAAUGGAAAUACAAUUUAUAAUAUAUUUAGAGAUUUAUUAGAUAUUACUGGUAUACCAUCAAAGAAAUUAUUAAAAUUAUUAGCAGAACACUCAAGUGAUCCAAAUGAAAAGUUACAAUUAAAUAAACUUUCAUCAGUAGAGGGAAAAGAAGAGUAUGCACAAAUGAUUAAUGAUAGAACCACUUUAUUAUGUUUAUUAGAGAAAUAUAAGACAUCUUCACCACCAUUAGCCCAUCUUUUAGAUAUUUUAAAUCCAUUAGCACCAAGAGAUUACAGUAUUUCGUCAUCACCACUCUCAUUGGAAGCUGGUAAAAUUUCAUUUGUAUUUUCGGUAUUACCAAAUCAAUCAAUUGAAUCAUCAUUAUCAGAAUUAAAUAUUAACAAUAGCGACAACAAUAUUAUUACAAAGAUUCCAUUCCAAUUAAAAUCUUCACCACAUUUCCAUUUACCAUCUGAAGAUCAAUUAUCAAAACCAAUUAUUAUGAUAGGUCCAGGUACUGGUGUUGCUCCAUUCAUUGGUUUCUUACAACAUUUAUCUAAAAUCAAUAUUGAAACUAAACCAUUACUUACUUGGUUAUUCUUUGGUUGCAGAAGCGAAAAGAAAGAUUUCCUUUAUAAAGAUACUUUACAUUCAAUGCUCCAAGAUAGUACAUUAACUAAAUUAACAACCGCCUUCUCUAGAGAAUUAGAUAUCAAUAAUCAUCAAGACCCAAAUUUAGAGGUCACCUGUGGUUAUGUUCAAGAAAAAAUGAAAAAUCAUUCAAAAGAACUUUAUGAUUUAAUUAUAAACAAAAAUGCAUUUGUUUAUAUUUGUGGUGACGCUAAGGGUAUGGCUGUUGGUGUAAGAAAUAGCUUUAUUGAUAUCAUAAAACAAGAAUCAUCUGUCGACGAAAAAAUUGCUGUAGAUAUGUUUACUAAUUUAAUAAAAGAAAAAAGAUACAUCCUCGAUGUUUGGUCUUAA